ACGUCACGUGCUCCGCCCUGCCUUGCUCGCCACUCCCCGGGAGGUUUGGAUCUUGGGAGGUUGGGCAGGGUUUUCUUCUCCUCUCCUUGCACUGCUGCAGAACAGCCAUAAUGGGAUUGGACUGGGUUGGUUUUGGCUAUGCAGCAUUAGUGGCCUCUGGAGGAAUGAUCGGCUAUGCAAAAGCAGGCAGUGUUCCAUCUUUAGCUGCCGGACUUCUCUUUGGGAGUCUAGCUGGACUGGGAGCUUACCAGCUGUCUCAAGACCCAAAGAACAUUUGGCUUUCUCUGAUUGCUUCUGGAACCUUAGCUGGUAUUAUGGGCAUGAGAUUCUACAACUCAGGAAAAUUUAUGCCUGCGGGACUGAUUGCUGGUGCAAGUUUACUGAUGGUUGGGAGACUUGGACUGAAGAUGUAUGGAAAACCCCAUGAGGGCUAAUGGGCCAUUCCAGGUGGUUUGAGAUACAGAUAAAAAGGCUGGAUAUGCACCAAAUCGAAUGCACUAUGCAACAGAGCAACAGAAGACAUCAUAAAUACUAAAUGGACUAAUUUUAACAUUCUGUCUUGAUAUAUGAAGAUAUAGUUCCACAUUCCAGGAGUAAGUACUAUUUCUGAUAUGAAAACUAGUAUGGUAUCUUUUCUUGCAAUUCUCUUUCUUCUAAGUUAAAGGCAACAUGUGUGGUUAGAAAGGCAGAAUCCAGUGGUUGUCUUAAUGGAGCUCAUAAAUGUGUGAGCUAGGUUGGAAGGUCUGACUGGAUGUCAGAUUUGCUGCUCUGCUGCAGUAAAGAUAUCAGACAAAAUAUGACCAGGCUGAGCCUCCUUCUACUCCCUGAUCCCAGUUGCCUUAUUGUAGCUUUGAGCAUAGACUCCUACACAGCAUGCUAGUACAACCCCAAUAUUGUUGAGUGAGUGGGCUUAUUAACAAAAGACCCCCCUCAUAAAUGUACAGCACAGUAACUUAUCAGUAACAGUGUGACUCAGCACCAGAAGCUCAAAGUGAUAAAAAGAACAAAAA